GCCUGAUAAGUCACUUUCAAUUUGAGUUCGAUCUCACGUCUCGGAGUCUCCUGACUGUGUUUCUGUACUGAAAUCGCAAGCGAAUCUUUUGCCCUCCACUGUAUCAAGCGGAUUCAAGAUGAAGGUUGCCAGCGGUUCCGCCAUCGUAGGACUCCUGCUCGGAGCCGCAGUCCCAGUUGUGUACGCCGGACCUCAUGGCGGUCACAGACCCCAGAAGAAAGGAGGAUACACCACAACUACCACACUCCCUCCCAAUCCAAUGGACGUACGAACAGAAUGCUUCCAGGUGCCGUACAGUGUCGAAAAGACAUGCUACAAGGACGAGCACAUUUCCCGGCCAUACACGUGUCCGUCGUCAUAUUCUGAAGAAGUGUGCAGCACGCAGUUGGCGGAAUCUCGCGAUGUGUGCACUCAACUGGUGAAGAAGGAGGUCCAGUACCAGUGUCCGAAGGCAACGAAGCAAACGCUGUGCUCCCAGAUCCCGGUGACGUUGAACAAGACAUGCAAGAAGCAAGUCACAAACAAGGUCCCGAGCAGUUGCCCCAAGAUUUUGACGGUCCCCGAGUGUGAAAUCCAGUCGAGGCCUUCUCAAGACGUGUGCUACGAGUCUGAGGCGUACACGCAGGAGUACGAUUGCUGGGGCUCCGAGCUUCAUCGCGAAUGCGAAGUGGACAUGCGCGUCGUUGACACCCAGUGCAACCGCAUUGUUGACUCGCCGGUGCUAUACGAGUACGAAGAUACCGUUGUGGAGAGAGUCUGCUCCACG